AUGCCCUCCCAACUAGGCUGGAUCUGGCCCAAAGAUCCCCGCCCCGGCAACCCAAAACACUGGCCGCGCCGCUGGCGCAUCUUUGAUGUCCUAACAAGCAAAGGGCCAGACAUCUACGUGGGCCGAAUCGACCAGCCCAAAAACAAGACCAGAAAUUCACCCUCUCGACCCCAGUCCGGGACUACAAGGCAAGAAUGGUCCCGAUGGGAGAUCAACCCCAACGACCCUGAGUCAGGCUACAACCCAAUACCCUGGGCACGGCGGCCUGCAGGGGAGCGCUAUGAUUUCCGCACGAGGAAGUAUCACGUUCCGGACCAUGGGACGUGGAGUGCUGUUGAGUAUUGCAAUGGGAGAAGGGCUCGGAGAGGGGAAUGGACUGGGAAGGAGGAGGUGCAUUGUGUGCCGAGGCGAUAUUGGGAUCGGAAUGGAGUUGAGUAUCCAGCGGAAUUUUGGCACGAUAGCAUUUAUGGGAAGCACGGGGAUUGA